CAUACAACACACUCGUACAGAACUGGAAACGUAGAAAUAAAUUUAAGGAACAUACCACGUAUCAAACGCAAUAAAUAUUAGGAUAAAAACUCGGCUGCCUGCUGCGGGCUACUGCCUAUACAUUGCGAUUGCACCCCGGUGUUUCCUAUCAACCUAAACCUAGCAACUCCACAACGCCGCAAAAUGGUGUUUGCGCUGCACCGGAUUUUAGGUAGCUUGUUGGUACUAGCGAUAGUGCCGAACACGAUGGCGAUCAUGUUCCGGUUGGCACCAAACACUCAAAAGUGUUUGCGGGAUGAAAUGCAGGGCAAUCAAAUCGUUGCCGGUGAGUAUGAAAUCACCAACGCGCCCGGUCAAAAGAUCGACUACGUGGUACGCGACACAAAAGGACACAUCCUGGCACAAAAAGAGGACAUAUCAAAAGGAAAAUUUUCGUUUACGUCGGAAGUGUACGAUACGUUUGAAAUUUGCUUCAUUUCGCAAGUCCCACCGACGCACCGAGGCAUCGAACAAGAAGUUUCAUUGGAUGUUAAGAAAGGCAUAGAAACAAAGAGUUAUGAAGGGAUCGGAGAAGCAGCUAAACUGAAACCUUUAGAGGUUGAUCUCAAAAGAUUGGAGGACUUGUCUGAUGCUAUUGUGCAGGACUUUGCAUUAAUGCGAAAGCGUGAAGAAGAAAUGCGUGAUACAAACGAAUCAACAAAUAGUCGAGUACUAUUUUUCAGUAUUUUCAGCAUGAGCUGCCUUCUGGGGCUAGCGACAUGGCAGGUGCUGUAUUUGCGGCGAUACUUCAUCGCGAAGAAGCUCAUUUAAAGUCCUUUAACACAUUGUUUCGUAACGUUCGAUUAUUAUUAUAAGUUCAAUUUGUAAUUUGAUGAAGCUUAAUUUUGGCACAAUAAAGAUAAAAUUACUGAAGUAAUCGUA